AUGACAGAAAAAUCAGAAGUUCGCUUCGAAGAAGCUGAAAGACGAAAGGGUCUUAUUCUCACAGUCAUUGCCGUGACGGGUGUACUUCUGUCAUGGCUCGUUCGACACUACUCGGUUUUAUUAAGUAUUGUGACUGUAAUAUCAAUAUAUUUGCUAACUGGAGAUAGAUAUCAAUGGGUUUAUAUUUGGAAGAAAACUUUUUUCAGGGACAUCAUUGGUCUACGAGUGUUACUCAAGACGAUGUUUAAAAUAUGGGUGUGGGAAAAGUCUGGAACAACUGUUGUCUCACGGUGGGCUGAAGUUGCCAAAAAAACUCCAGAAAAGGAGGCGUUUGUUAUGGGCGAUAGAUCACUUACUUUCCGUCAGGGAGAUGAACUUAGCAAUCGAAUAGCUUGGUAUUUCAAACGUCAAGGCUUCAAAACUGGCGAAGUGAUAGCUCUCUUCAUGGAGACUCAACCAGAGUACGUUUUUCUAUGGCUUGGUCUAGCAAAGUUGAGGGUUACCACUGCGCUUGUGAAUACCAAUCUUCGUGGUGCACAACUGAUACACUGUUUGAGGAUAGCUGGCUGCAAGGCUGUGGUGUUUGGAGAUGAAAUGACUGAGGCAAUCAAAGCUAUACAAAGCGAGAUACCAGACAUCCCUCUGUUCCAAUUCAAUUCACCAGAAAGGGAAGGAUCGCCAAUAAUACAAGAUACAAUACCAUUAGCGGCUGAACUAAGUGAAAUGACAAGUGAACCUUUUACCGAUGUAGAACCAGCUAAACCCAGAGACACAUUACUGUACAUCUACACAAGUGGAACAACUGGAUUUCCAAAAGCAGCUAUUAUUACUAAUAUUAGAUAUCUUCUCAUACCUCUCGGAGUGCACACAUCAGCGGGCCUCGUAUCUUCAGAUGUAAUCUACGACCCGCUUCCGCUCCAUCACACUGCUGGUGGAGUGCUCGGAGCUGGUCAGUGCCUCAUCCUCGGCUGUACCGUGGUCUUGAGGAAGAAAUUCUCAGCCAGCAACUAUUGGAGUGACGUGGCCAAGCAUAAAUGCACGGCAGCACAGUACAUUGGCGAAAUUUGCCGAUACCUUCUAGCCGUACCACCUGGUCCAAACGACCGGGCUCAUAAUGUGAGAAUUAUCAUUGGCAAUGGAUUAAGGCCACAGAUAUGGGAGGAGUUUGUCGAGCGGUUCGGGGUUAAAAGAGUAUUAGAAUUUUAUGGAGCUACAGAGGGUAAUAGUAACUUGGUGAACUUGGAUUCAAAAGUUGGUGCUAUUGGUUUUCUAAGUCGUCUAGUAUCUUCUAUAUAUCCCCUUACCUUAGUCAAAUGCGAUGAGGUAACUGGUGAUAUUUUAAGAGAUGAAAACGGAAGAUGUAUUAACUGUGGUCCGUACGAACCGGGUCUUCUUUUGGGUAAAAUUGAUCCUAAAAAGGCUAUUUUAACAUUCGCGGGUUACGCAGAUAAAACGGCAUCUGAAAAGAAAAUGGUGCGCAACGUUAGAGUGAAAGGAGAUUGUUAUUUCAAUACUGGUGAUAUUUUAGUUAUGGAUUAUUACGGCUAUUUCUACUUCAAGGAUCGCACUGGAGAUACUUUUAGAUGGCGUGGUGAAAACGUGUCUACAGCUGAAGUGGAAGGUGUUAUCAGUAACUUAGUUGGCUUAAAGGACGCCGUCGUCUACGGUGUCUCAAUCCCGCACGUCGAAGGAAAAGCAGGCAUGGCAGCCAUUGCAGACCCAGAAAGGAAAGUUGAUCUGAUAAGUCUCGCCAAAGGGCUAAAAACAUCUCUACCGGCUUAUUCUAGACCUUUAUUUGUUAGGAUUCUUCCAGAACCUCCUCUUACAGCGACAUUUAAGCUGAAGAAGAGGGAAUUGAUGGAGCAAGGGUUCAAUGUCAAUCUCCACGAUGAUCCAAUGUACUUUCUUGACCCAAAGAGUGGUAUGUUCGUACCUCUUACACAGAAACUAUAUGAUGAUAUUACUCAAGGCGUUGUAAGGCUGUGAUAUGAAUAUUUUAAUCAGAUAUAGAAUCGUAAUUACCAAAUGUUAUACAUGAAAAAGUUUUAAGGGUGUAUUCAUAUUUAAAGAUAUUAAAAGGUUUUUUAACCAAA